UACUUAAUUACUUAAUUACGCAAUUAUUCUCUUAAUUACAUAAUUAGUUUUUUAAUUAUUUCUUAAUUUAGUUAAUUACAUAAUUAGUCUAUUAAUCAUUUAUUUAUUUAUUUUUUAAUUCUAUUAUUAUUUCAAUAUUAUCAUGUCUUCUUUCUUGAAAAAAGCCUCUAAAAACGUUACUAAAGUGGCAAAAUCAUUGGGAGGUUCUAGCUCCAAAAGAAAGGCCACUUCAACUCCGUCGGUAUCAACAACACCUUCGAUUAGUAAUUAUAAUUAUGAACCAAAUUAUCCUGAAGGGUACGACCAAGAAUUACUCAAUUAUGCAGAAGAAGUGGAAAGAGAAAUACAAAUUGAUGAAGAAGAAGAACAAGAAGAGGAACCAACGACCCCUAUUGGGAUACAUAAUUCUCGACAGUCAUCAACAAGAUCACAUGAAGAACAACAACAACAACAACAACAAAGACAAGCUCGUGGUAAACGAGUCAAUUUCCACACUAUCGAUGAAGAUGAACCAGUAAGACAACCUUUUCCGGCAAUGCCACCUCCUAGUGGUAGAGCUGUUUCACAUGUGUGGUCGUAUUUUAGAAAAGAACCAACCGACAAUCCAGUUGUUUUCUUAUGCACUUGUCAAAUUUGUGAAAGUCAAGGAGUAAAGCCCUUAAUUUCAUACAAUUUCGCCAGAGGUGGUGGUACGGGAUCUUUUAACAAACAUUUGGCAAAGAAGCAUGGAAUCACAAAAGAAACUCAUGCAGCAAGCGGCAGUGGGACCACAAGUGGAAGCCGACAGUGGGACAUUCCUAGCACAGGUAGAAGAGUUUUAGACGAAAAGAGAUCUCGUCUUGCUCCACAUAGUAUUCAAAUAUGUGUUUGCAAGAAAGAUUGGGAUCAAGCGGAGAUUCGAACACAAGGACUAAGGAAUGAUGAUGAUCAAGAUGAUGAUGAUGAUCCAUGGAUGAUGAUGGAUACAUCUGCAUCAUCGUCAGGAGGAGAGUCAGCGGAAGCAUCUAACCAACCAGAUGAUGAUGACGAAGACGAAUAGGAUCAAUCGGACAAUGAUAAAUCAACAUUCAACAACUAAAACUAAAAGGUAUGACAAAGAACUACGUGGGCUUUGAUUCCUUCGGGAUACGUAGGUAGCUUAGUAUUCCUUUGGGUACUAGGUUCAAGU